UAAGCACUUCUGUAGCAUCCUAAUUAUUACUUCGAGCUGUGGCUGGUCUCGCAACAUACAGUACGUGCUUGGCGGGUCUUUUUGCGGCGUGAAGUCACUGUGGCUGCUUCUACCUCGCAAAUCCAGCCUCAACUGGAAGCUUGACUGUGACCGCAGCUGGCGAAAAAAAGCACCACCACCACCACCACCAACACCAACACCAACAUCUCUUCAGCUGUUAUAUUCUGACUACAACAUUCAAUAUCUGUCAGCACCGUUGUAAUGGCUGCCAGGUCUACUAGGAUUGGUCUGCAGCUUACUCAAUCCCAACCGACCCUGCUCAAGUCACACUAUGUGUCGACACCCUCACGGCGAGGCAUGUCUUCUGCAACCCUCAUAGCACGACCUCACCGACCAUCAUCCUCCAAGCUCGCAGCCCUAGCGGCCUCUCCAUCGCCCUCCACAAACACUUCAGCAUCUUUUUUCACCCCUUCCCUGUGCCGCAUCCGCCAUGCGUCGACUUCCGCCGACUCUCCGCGACCCUCUUCUGAUAUCCUUGACUGGAAUGCCUUCUUCCGACUGCGCCAGUCUCGACGCCGAUAUGCCCUAACCUCCUCCAUAGUCACGUCCAUAGUAUCUACGGGUGGUGCUAUCGCCGCCUUCUCGGAAGUACCAGACUUGGCUGACCAGAUUACAAAACUGGUGCCAACAGAUCCAUUCAUCAGUAUGGGAAUUGCAACCUUUGGUGCAACCUUUCUAGGAUGGCUCAUCGGCCCGGCAUUUGGCAACUCACUAUGGAAACUGCUUCAUCGAAGCCGUCUCCCAGAAUUCACAAUCAAAGAACGAGCCUUCUUUGAAAGGAUCAAGAGGCACCGAGUCAAUCCUAGCGGUGCUAGCACAAACAAUCCCGUCCCGGACUUUUACGGCGAGAAGAUAUCAAGUGUGGCUGGAUAUCGCAAUUGGCUGAAAGACCAGAGAGCGUUCAACAGGAAAAGAGGCGGAAACUACGCAUCUACAGUCUGAGGCUCGAGCAGACAUGCUAUAACACUGUUUAGUUCAAAAUCGACGUGUCAGGGUGCGUUGGGUCGCUAGAAGAGGAUGGCUUUUGCUGUGUAAUACCAUAUCACUUUCGUUGUACAACACACUCCACACACUGGUGCAAUAAGGAUCAAGCAGAUGAUACCCUUGGACUCUUUUCCAUGGUCAUAAAAUGUUUUGCGGAGCUGUUAGCCCUCGAAUCACUCACUUAGUCAACGUUUGCUCUCACAUGCAGCAAGCCAGACGGCAAUAGACCUCGCCGUCUUUCGUGUCUUUCGCGGGACAUUGCAUCGGCCAUGGUGAGAUCUGGAAUCUCACGACAAUCGUGGACAAGUUCUAUCACGCUCUGGAAUGCCAUCUGUCCCAUCUGUCACCGCUCCUCACU